ACCACCACUCUUAUCCAGUUCGACAGACUGAAACACAGAGCAGAGAGAGAGAGAGAGAGAGAGAGAGAGAGAGAGAGAGAAGGAAAUGGCGAUGGCGUGCAAUUCAUCGUCGGGUUUGUUGACGCCCAAACCCUACAGCAUCCCUCCGAAAACGACCCCGUUUCUUGGGUUCCCUCUCGCGUCAUCAUCAUCCAAGCCGUCGGUUCCAACUACACCCCUCAACCGAACGUUCCAGAUUCGUUGCCAAGAGAAACAACCCGUUUACAUUCCCUCAAACCAGCGUUGGAUGUUUGACGAAUCCCAACUCAAAGGCAUUGAUUUUUGGAACAAGACAUGGUACCCUAAAGCUGCAGAUUUUGUGAACACUUCUAAACCGUGGUAUAUUGUUGAUGCUAGUGAUAAAAUUCUUGGAAGACUAGCAUCAACCAUAGCUAUUUAUAUCCGUGGGAAAGAUCUGGCAACCUUCACGCCUAGUUGUGACAUGGGGGCCUUUGUCAUUGUGGUGAAUGCAGAAAAAGUUGCAGUAUCAGGAAAAAAGAGGACCCAAAAGCUCUAUAGGAGGCACUCAGGAAGACCAGGAGGCAUGACAGUUGAAACUUUUGAUCAGCUCCAAAAGAGAAUUCCUGAAAGAAUAGUUGAACAUGCUGUCCGUGGCAUGCUUCCUAAAGGGAGGCUUGGCAGGUCCCUAUUCAACCAUCUCAAGGUUUACGCCGGCCCAAACCAUCCGCAUGAGGCGCAGAAGCCCAUUGAUUUACCCAUAAGGGACAAAAGGAUACAAAAGCAGACAUAGAUUCAAUGCAAACUCAAUCGGGAGAAGUACAAUACAUCGUUUUCCCGGGGGUUCAGAACUUUUCUAUGUUUUGGUCGUACAGGGUUCUUCUCCUUCUUUCGUGUUUUGGAUCCCAUGUGAUGGUUAGAAGCCUGUUGUUGAUGUUUGUUGUUUUAGUUUGUAGAGGCAUCUGGGUUCAAUGUUGUCCUUAUUUUGAGCACCCAUCUCUGAAUCAAAUUGGCAAUUCGUUAAUUGAACUUUAGAAGGUGCUUACGUUUU